AUGGAAGGAUCAAGCUCAGCCCAAUCCCGUCAAAACCACUUCAACCCAUUCCCCCUCAGUAGCCCCGGCAGCUCCUCCUCUCCAAUCCAGAAUGCCAGCACGGUGACACCCCAGGAGGGUGAGCUCCCAGGGAAAGACACUGUGGCAACGGAAGGACGGAGCUUGCUAGAUUUCAACAAACCCCAACUCGGUUGCACCGGCAGCUCCUCCUUCUCCUCUACAACCCAGAAUGACAACGGGGCGACAAACCAGCAGUGUGACCUCCUGGGAAAAGGCCUGAAGAGGAAAAGAUCGUCAGGUAGUGUCGUCCCAAAUGACAACGGGAGGCCCGUUCCGAGAAACAACGAAGAAGAGAACCACUAUGCUGGCAUCUCCACUGAGCUGGUCCUCUACGAGGACAAGUGUAAAAUCAAGAAGAAGCUAAAGAAAAGCGACCUCAGUGAUCACUUGUCGCGGCUCAUGCUUUCGCGAGGCUCCGUGGAAGCCCACGUGCUCCCGUUGAUGGACGAGCAGAUGAAGGAGCGAGUCAAGAGCAAGGAUGGAAUGAAGGUAGUCGUGAGGAAUGCGGACACACGUGAGGAGCACGAGCUCGUGUUCCGCCGCUGGGGGCCGUCAGGAAGCUACGUGCUGAACUGUGGCUGGACCAAGCUGUUCGUCAAGGGACGAGGGUUGGAGGUAGGGGACCAGAUCGGCAUGUUCUGGGACACAGACGAUAGCAAGUUCCACUUCACGGUCCAUCGCAAGGUUGCUUGUGGACCAAGCAACGCGGUGGCUUAA